UUUUGAUUUUGAACUUUAUUUCAUUAGCCUUAGAUGAUUUUCUCUGUUUUGCUUUCGGGAAUGAGCUUUGACUGAUUUAGUCAACCAUAUUGACUGUUUGGUUUCAUGUUAGUUUGCCGCAUCUAGUCAAAGAAACUAUAGAAAUAUAUACAUAAUAAUUUAGAACUUAUUUCUUUUUCUGGGUUCUGUUGCUUAAGUAAUUUGGACGCAACAAUAAUAAAUAAAUGGAAGAAAAAAAAUCAUCUUACUGAGCUAGGACUCGAAUCAUAUUUUUGUUAAUUUACUGCUAUUAUUAUUUUAUUUCAGCUGAUGAUUUUAGUUGAUUAUGGGGGCUCAGUUUUCCCCAUAAUCUCUCAUUCCCCCUGGAAUGGUGUUCAUUUGGCUGAUUUUGUGAUGCCCUUUUUUCUUUUUAUCGCCGGAAUUUCGCCGGCGCUAGUAUACAAGAAAGUGCCUGACCGAUUUGAAGCUACACGGAAAGCAAUAUUGAGGGGAUUGAAACUAUUUUUUCUUGGUGUUUUUCUUCAAGGGGGGUAUUUUCAUGGAGUAACUUCAAUGACUUAUGGUGUUGACAUAGAAAGAAUACGGUGGCUUGGCAUAUUGCAGCGCAUAUCUAUUGGAUAUAUUGUUGCUGCUUUGUGUGAAAUCUGGCUUUCACACCAAACUUGGAAGAGAAUGGGAUUUGUCAAGAAUUACUAUCCCCACUGGUGUCUUGCAAUUUUACUAUCAGCAAUAUACUCGGGGUUAUUAUAUGGUCUAUAUGUUCCUGAUUGGAAAUUCAAAGUGUUGCCUGUAGCCUCUACACCUCCAUUAAAUGAUAGUUCUGUUUACAUGGUGAAAUGCUCUGUGAGAGGAGAUCUUGGACCUGCUUGUAAUUCGGCUGCAAUGAUUGAUCGUUACUUUCUUGGUAUUGAUCAUUUGUAUGCAAAGCCAGUUUACAGAAAUUUGAAGGAGUGCAAUAUGUCCAAUGGCCAAGUUCCGGAGAGUUCACCAUCAUGGUGUCACGCUCCAUUUGAUCCUGAAGGUAUUUUAAGUUCUUUAACAGCUGCAGUGACCUGCAUAAUUGGACUUCAAUAUGGUCACAUUCUAGCUAACUUACAGGAUCACAAAAAGCGGCUAGAGAGUUGGACCUUGCUUUCAGUUUCCAUUUUUGCUAUUGGGUUGAUUUUAGCCUUCACCGGCAUCCCUGUAAAUAAGUCCUUGUACACAAUCAGUUAUAUGCUAAUUACUUCCGCUUCGGCUGGGGUUACAUUCUGUAUUAUGUAUCUAUUGGUCGAUGUAUAUGGUUUCAGGUGCUUAACAUUUGUGCUGGAAUGGAUGGGAAUACAUUCCUUGAGUAUUUUCAUUCUUGUCACUUCUAACUUAGCUGUCAUUGCAGUCCAAGGAUUCUACUUACACAGUCCUAAAAAUAACAUGGUUCACUGGAUCAUAACAUGCUUUGUGAACAAUUGAUAAGUUUAACUAAGUUUCCUUCCUUUAUACAUGGGAAAACGCAGCCAUGGAAGCAGCUAACUUGAUCUUGAUCAGCCAGGCCGUAUGUUUCUUUUGCCACUUGUUGUCCCAAUAGUGUGAAUAUCCAUUUUUGCUUGAGAUAUGUUGUAGGCCAUAUUUUUACACAACAAACCAAUUGCAUUGUUUGAAUGAGUGCUUACCUGCACCAAGGCUGGUUUUUUUUUUGACAUCUAACCCUUGUUACUCUCUCUUUCUCUCCGUGGACAUUUUUAUUGUCAUUUUUCCGAUGCACUCACAUUCUAUCAAAAACACUUGAUACUUUAUCGAACUUA